AAAUUUAUAUAAUAUUUAUCAAUGUAAAUAUUUACUGAUGUCGGCAGAAUUAUACAAGUCUAGUACUAUGGAAAUGUAAUUACGUUUUCAAACAAAAAUAAAAUAGUGGUGCCAGUCGCUAAGGAAGGUAAAGGCAAUUAUCUCGCCGUCUACAAAUAUGCAAAAUGCAUAACUUUUGCUUACAUAUUCAGAAUGUGUUGAUUAUCCAGCAUACUGAACUGGAGGGAAAUGAGUCAUGCAAGUGAUUAUUUUCAUUAGCUAAUACAAAUAGAACCUAUAUAAACAGUUAUAAUCGCACUGAAUUACAUUUCCAGUGUCUUUUUUUUUGGUAUCUUUACCUCUUUUGUAUUUUCUAUUUAAUUUCGUUUUAUAAGCUUUAAGCCAAUAAUAAAAAUAAACGGCCGGAAUUUUGGAGUCCUGCCAAAGCGGGAAAUAAUGUAUGCGGACUUUCUGCAAUUGGCAAUACAAUUGUACAGUACGACAAAUAAUAAAAUACGUCCUCGGUGUAUACAUAGCAAAUAUUGUUGGACCGUAAACAAGAAACGAAAACCGAUAAAGAUAAUAUGAGGCAAUUUAUAUAAAUCGUGUGCAGAGCGAAUCGUCGUGCAGAUAAAGCAGCCGCCAGGGUCGAAGCGGAAGAGCAAUGCGAAGAAAGCAUCACUGAGUCUCCGAAAUCCUGAAAACCGAGCCAUCACCAUGAUCGAGGAGAGCCUGAGAUCCAGAAACAAGAGGAUCAGAGCCCCGGAUGGUGGAUGGGGUUGGGUAGUCGUCUUUGGAUCCUUCAUGAUUCACGUAAUCACUGACGGCGUAACAUAUUCCUUUGGAAUUUUCUACGACGAAUUCCUCACAUAUUUCAAUGAAGGAAAAGGUCCCACAUCAUGGAUACUUUCAAUAUUAGUUGGUGUCACCCUUUGCUCAGGUCCAAUUUCGGGAUGGAUGGUAAACCGUUGGGGAUGCAGAACAGUAACCAUAGUCGGUUCUAUAUUAGCUAGCAUAUGUAUGAUGAUUAGCAUUUGGGCGAACAGUAUUAUCAUCCUCUAUUUCACAAUUGGCAUCGGCGCGGGAUUGGGAUUUGGUUUAAUAUAUUUGCCAGCGAUUGUAAGUGUUUCAACUUACUUUGAAAGCAAAAGGAGUCUGGCCACCGGCAUUGCCGUCUGCGGAAGUGGCUUCGGGACGUUCAUCUUCGCUCCUUUAAUAACUAUAUUACUCGAGGCUUACGGAUGGAGAGGUGCCAUGCUAAUAAUAGCGGCCAUCGUCUUGACGUGCACCGUGUUUGGCAUUUUGUUCAAACCAUUGAAAGCAACGGAAAUCCUGUCAGAAAACGAUGUUAUUAUAUUGAAAUCAGCGAACGGUGAUACUAGCUUGAAUAUAAGCUCGAGCUUCAGCAAUUGCUAUUUGGCAUCGUCCAGUGGCAAUACGAUGCAAAGGGCUUGGAGCUCUGGCGAUAUCAAUGAUAAAUUAACGAAGUACGGUACGAUCGGAAAUGAAAUUUUCAUUAGUUCCACAAAAUCCGAAGGGUAUACGAAUAAACGAUUUCCAAAUCUUGCCGCACGGCCAGAUCUGAUCUACCAAGGAAGUCUAUAUAACAUCCCUUUGCUCGCAACAAGUACGAAAUCCAUUGAAGAAUCCAAAGACAGUGGUAUUAGAGACAUGCUGAAUUUGAAUCUUUUGAAAGAUCCGAUAUUCAUCGUAUUCUCAAUAAGUAAUUUCUUGACAAGUAUUGGAUUUAAUGUUCCAUACGUUUACAUAGUUUCAAGAGCAAAGAGCAUGGGAAUUAGCAGCCAACAAGCUGGUUUAAUUUUAGCCGUAAUCGGAAUUGCUAACACAAUCGGAAGAAUCAUUUUGGGUUACUUUUCUGAUAAAGUUUGGGUCAACAGGCUCAUCGUCUAUAAUGUUUGCCUCACUAUUUGCGGUAUUGCUACUGCUCUCAGCUGCUUUUGUUUUGAUUUCUACUCACUGGCGUUCUACGGGUCUGUUUUCGGCUUCACAAUUGGAGCAUACGUUGGCCUAACGUCGGUUAUCCUGGUUGAUCUUUUAGGAUUGGAUAACUUGACAAACGCCUUCGGUCUUUUGCUAUUAUUCCAAGGAAUCGCCUCGCUGAUCGGACCACCAAUAGCAGGUUGGCUCUACGAUUACGUGAAUUCGUAUGAUCCGGGAUUUUAUGUAGCUGGAGUUACAAUUGCUUUAAGUGGUAUCAUCUUAUUUAUUAUACCCUGUUUACAAAAAUCACUGGAGAAAAAGAAGCAUGACCAGAGGGAGUAUCUACUGUAGAUUAACAUCAAUUUAAGUAUU